GCGUUGGACCAAAGGGUCUGCUUCCAUGCUGUACAUCUCUAUGACUCUAUGAUUCUAUGACCUGGAAACCUGGAGACAACAGAGGCACCAAUAUGGGAUACCUUAACUGGCAACUCAGGAUGUGAUCGCUAGUUUUGGGGUGAAGAUUUGUUUUUUGAAGAAUUGGAUGAAGAAUUUGAUGGGCAGAACUUAAAACAAUUUUGAACUUAGGUUUCUAUAAUCUUUAAAAAGAGGUACUGGGUUGACAAUCAGAUGUGUUUGAGUGCAGAACUAGAGACAACGCCACAUAAAGGAGUUCCUAACUUCCAGGCGGAGAGUUAUUUGUCCUUAUUGGCAGUUUCGGAAAUGCAAUUUGAAGAGUACUUUGGGGACUCUACCUCUUUGUUGGAGUAUUUGGUACUCAUUGACUUAUUAUUUGCUCAAUUUAUUUCCGAAUGUUGGGUAAUUUUAGUCCUGUUAGGAGGAUUCGUGUUGGGGCAGAGCGCAUAGUUAACAGGACGGUGAAAUGCUGAACUCCUCAGGGAACAGCCGACAGAAGGACAAGGCUAACACACGCAAGAAACCACAUGGGACCCGUCCGUGUGAGCGAAGGUGACAACUCCAUCCAGAGCUGCUGCGUCACAAGAUACGCCGUAAUCUCCGAGGUGGAUUUGCAGUGAGUAACGGAGACAUUGCAGGACAGAGGGUACGAGGCAAGCGGCGUUGGCUGGUGCUUGCAAGGCGGACAGCUCUCGGCGUGCGAUGGAAGAGAAGAGGAGCCUGUUCCACUGAGAACUUUGCUGUUUGCUCCGGAUCUGUACAUUCAGGAGUCCGCGCCCACUGCUGCCCGAACACGGCGCCUUUGGUAUUGCGGGUCGAGCCAAGUUGUGGACAGUGGCGAGCCGUAUGCCGAUCCAAAGCAGCAAGGUGGCAGAUGAGGGCACUGCGAACUCAGCGAGGGAGAGGGACGAGUGCAGAGCGCUGGUGGACUCGCUCAACAAAGUGACGGGAUGCUACAGGCACCUGGCCACGGGGGUAGGGGGCUCGGCGGACUGCAGCAGCCUGAGGGACGAGCUCAGGAGAACCAGGGAGAAGAGCCAGGAAGUGGCCGGACUCCUCCGGAGCAAGCUGACGGCGGUGCUCCGGGACAAGACGCUGAGCACGGAGGAGCGGGCCGAGAUGGAGCGCCUCUGGGUCGUCUUCUCCUCCAACCUGGAGAGCUUUCAGAUGGACAUGUGCAAGGUGCUGGAGCUGGGCCAAGGCUUCCCCCUGUCGGGGACCGAGAAGCCCUUGAUCCAGACCGGGAUGUCUGGAGGGACCUCGGAGGUGGCAGCCCGGGCUCUGAGCGUCCAGAACCUAGCCCAGGACACCGCACUGAAUGUGGAGAGGCUGGAGCUGCAGGAGCUGCAGGAGCACAUCGACAAGGUGGACGAGAUGAUGGAGAACAUGGAGAUGAAAGUCAACGUGCUGAGGUGGACGGUGGAGGCAAAGGGAGACGCGUACUAUUCGGUGCUGAGCACAGACGCCUCCUCGAUGGCCCUGCUGUCAGAGGGGGAGGAGAUGCGGCGCCACAGCCGGUGUUGUGACCGUGAGAAGUGUUUUAUGUCGGUGCUGUUCUGCACAGUGGCUCUGAUAGCUGUGGGAUUGUCAGUGUGUGUGGUGAACCUUUCAUGACCGAUACCCAUGGAAUUCAGGAAGGCUGAUUGACUUUGCACAUGAAGGAGAAGCCGACCUCGAAUUAUUUUUCGAUGCCCUGCACAGACAUGGCAAAGUGUUUUUUUUGGGGGGGGAGGAGGUUUUCUUAGUCUGUAUGCCAAAAACAAAACUGUGACCUGAAUAGGGCUUUGGAAGCUGUGAUUGGUUCUCCUUUUGUAAGUCUGAAGUGAUAUGAGUUACGUUUCAUUGAAAGCUGAGCUCAAUUAAAAAUCAUAAGAAAAAGCGAUAUUUAAAUAUCGCUUUUCUAGGCUUUCAAGAAACAGUGGAAAAUCACGUCUUAAAAGACUGGGGAAGGGAGGACUUUUUUAAAGUAUCGCUUAGUUGUUUACACGGGAAGAGACUAAUAACGAUUAAAAUGAAUUUAUAUGCUGAAGAACUGAUUGAUAUAUCUCACCUUAAAAGGUCGGACAGAUUGAUUUAGUUUGCGAUUAUAUCCGAGUACUAGCUGCUCUAGGUUAUUCACUUUUUUGUAGUAAUUACUGUUUUAAAGUAAAACUUAAAUAAUAGAAAGUGGAAAUUUAGAACAGCUAAACCUAUUUAGCAGAUAACUCGGAUUAAGGACACUUUAAUUUAGAGGAAUAGACUAUUAAUACAAGUGCAGGGUUUAAAACUAUUAAAAAUAUCCAUGAGACAAAGGAAUGAUGUUACAUGGAGCUUCCUUUGUAAACAUCACACUUCUGCUGUAAUUAUUAAAUCCUAAAGGUUUA